CCUAAUGUUCACUACCGAGGCACUUAUACAACAGUUGCAGUGUUUCUUUUAUGUACAACAGUGUGGCACAUUGUUUCAAUGUAAACUUAUUUCAGAUUCUCCGUUUCUCAUUCUAGGUAAUGUAAAGUACAAGGAUUCCCGAUGAGAUGUCACUAUGUGGAUACUGUGGUGAAGAUCUCCCACCGGGGACUAGAAGUGUACAGGGAGAAAAGACGUACCAUGGGGAAUGUAUCAAUCUAAAUAUUCCUAGAGGGCAGGAAGCACUUGAGACCUUCAGAAACAUUUCUACACAGUCCAAUGUUUUGUGCAUGGCCAUACAUGUCAACUAUAUACACGGACUAGCACAGGAAAACAGGGAACAAAAUAAAAGGAAGAAGGAAAAGCGGGCUAUCAAAACCAAGGAAUUGUUGAAAAAUGUAACUGCACUCCGCAAUUCUAAUUCUGGUCAUCUACUGAUUCACUUUGUUGGACGGGAAAAAGAAGACACAUUUACAGGGGCCUUUGAUGAAUUUGCUGAUGAAAAACUUCAGACUUUAAUUCAAGAUGGAAGCCUGUUCACUGAUGUCUACACGAAACGGUUCUUAAGUGAUUAUGCCAUAGAUCUAGACGAACUGCAGAAGCAACAGAAGGGUGUACUUGAAGAGAUAUCUGGGAAGGUCGGGGAGAAAGCCAGGGAACUUCUAGGUCAACAGGAACGGCUGGAUAAGCUAAAAUUGAAGGCUAAGGAGACACCAGAUGAUGAGUUGCUUGAUGAAAUACUGCUGCAGAGACAAAUAGUAGUUGAACAAUUAAAGGAAAUUGAACAGUUGAUGAACAGGAAGUUAAAAGAAGAAAAGAAACUUUCUGUGUGUGUUGAUAAGGAUAAAUUAAAGGAUACACAUCAGUAUAAAGAUUUCCUUGUACUGUAUGUUGAAGGUGGUGUUUAUCUCACAACAUCUGACUCUAAAACAAAAUUAGCUCUUGAUGAACGAAUCAUCAGUCCGUCUGAUCAAACUUUGAUAACAUUCCUGAAAAACAGAACUCAGUUUAAAUCAGUGCAUCCUUCUGGACAUACAUUGCAGGAUUUAACCAAACUGCACGAGAGUAGAUCAAUUCAAUUCAAAGGUUACUUCAAAGGGAAGGAAACAGAUGAGAACAUCGUUGGUUACAUGUUUGAUGACCACAAACUUCUUGAAUACGUUAGUGCAUUUACAAAGAACACAGAUGGUGGCACCUACUUCCUUGGCAUAGCAGAGAAAGACCGUUCUUUCAAUGGAAGACUUUAUAAGUCAAGGAUAAUGGACAUUCAGCAAGUUGCUAUCUGUAGUCAACAGACUGUAGAAGCUAAAAUAAAGGAGGGUGUUUCAAAGGGUGUGUUAAUCUGUGACUAUGAUGGACAUGAACUACAAAAUGGCCUGGUGGAUGUCUUUUUCAUUCCAAGAGACAGUGAUAUGCAGGGUACUGCUGCAAAGGUGCCUGGAGGUUUUGUAAUCGAAAUACACGUCCAGCCUGUCAGUGGUAUAGUGUUCUAUGACACCCAGGGACCGCUGGCUUACAGAGUGGAAGGGGACGCAGUCACAGCAUACUCUGUUGAAGAGUGGUUCCAUGCCGUCGUUGUGAACAGCGUAGUGAGGUAAACAAAGAGAUCACAAAGAAUUCAGUAAUGAUGCAGAACAUUCCAGGGCGAGAAAUGUGCUUAAACAGCAAGGAUUUUCGGCGUCCUCGUUUGACACCAAUCAACGAAAGCAUUUCAGCAAUUAAAAGUAAUUUUGUGAAGAAAGGUACACUAAAUGUAGUUCCAUCAAGGAUACCCGCGCACCUGUUGGAUGUCAGAGAUGCCUUCAUUUCACUGCUGAAGGCGGACGGAGUUCUGUACCAUGAAAACAUUGUUAAUGGUGAAUAUACGAGUGAAAGAGACACCACGUGCCUUUUGUAUUUAUCAGAAUCAUUAGCAACAUUAUUAGAUUUUCCUGUGUCAAGGACGCAAGGAAAUACGAGAUGUGACAUCUUCAUAGCAAUGCCCCAUCAACCCCUCAUGGUACUGACUGUGAUUGACGAUGGCAGUGAAACCGAGGAGAUGAGAAAUUAUAACACCAGUGUGGCUAGAGAAGUGACUUCAAAACUACGCAGGUUUACCAAUGAGAGCAUCAACGUCAUUCAUGGAGUCUUGAGUUUGAGUGACCUGACAGACACAGAUACAUGCUUCAUAAAGUUACAGAGAAUUGCAGCAUUAGCUGCAUCCUUUGUUCCGAAGACUUCUCUAUUGAUGACGCCAUCAAAAUAUGAACACGUGAUGAUGGCCUUCUGGGCAGCUGUUGCUGAGACUAAGUCAAUCCUGACAGAGACAGGUGAAGUAGAUGACAGUUGUAUCAACUUUCUCACCACAGAUCAGUGUGUAUAUCUUGUGGAGAACAUAGAGAGUAAAUAUGUUCAGGCAAGAUGUGAGCCCGGCAGUGGAACCACAACUCUGAUGCUAGAGGUAGCCAGGAGGCUGAGCAGACUAGGGGAAACUCUACUGAUAUGCAACUCACAGGAAGAGAGGGACAGACUCAGGUCAGUUCACUCGUCCACAAUCACGACAUUUGAUGUGGAAGAUCUGAACAUGUCCAGCUUUGAGAAUGUGGUGCAUGGAACUCGAAGUGAUCUGUUCGAACCUUGUGGUCGACAAUGGCUGUUCCUGAAAGGUACUCCAAACAGGUCACGAGAUACACAUGUACAAACAAUUAAUGCAUCAAACGGGAAGGAGGAUGGCUUCCAUUAUUUCAACAGCAAAGACUUUCUGCGCCCACAGUUACAGCAGACAAGAGAACAUAUCACUGACAUUAAGCGUCACUACAUGAGCAAAGGCGGCGUCAACAUCGCUCCAACCAACCUGCCGGGUCACAUUCUGGACAUCAAAGACAUGCUACUUUCACUACUGGAAACUGACGAAUCCCUGUAUCGUUGCAACCUUGUCACUGGCGCAGAACUGGACACCUGUGGUGACACAACGUGUUUUGUGCAUUUGACAGAAUCCUUAGCAAUAACAUUAGACUUUCCAGUGUUAGAAAGACCAACCCCAGUAAGAUGUGACAUGUUUCUAGCCAUGCCCCACCAGCCCCUGGUUGUACUGACAGUGAUAACCUGUGACAAGGAAACUGAUAUGGUGCGAAGUUACAACACCUCAGUGGCCAGAGAAGUGACUUCAAAACUACGUCGGUUUACCAAUGAAAGCAUUAAUGUUAUACGUGGAGUUGUUUCCACAAAUGAUAUGAAAGAUCCUAACGUGUUCUUUGCAAAGUUACAAAAUAUUGCCGUAAUAUCUUCAGCAUUCGUUUCCAAAACUUCCUUGUUGAUGAAUUCAUUCAAGUAUGACCAAAUACUUAUGGCAUUUUGGGCAGCAUUAGCUGAGACAAAAGUAGAUGCAAACGAGAGUCAGUUAGGAUUUCUUACCAAAGAACACUGCAUCCUUUUGUUGGAAAAUAUAAACAGUAACAACGUUGAGGUGAGGCUUCAUUCUAAACGUGAAGCCACCGUCCUGAUGCUGGAGGUGGCAAGGAGACUGAGCAGACUGGGCGACACACUGCUGGUCUGUCAGUCAAGGGAAGAGAGGGACAGAUUGAGAUCUGUGCACGCAUCAACAAUAUCACUGAAUGAUGUCUGGAAGUGGGAUCUAUCAGCGUAUGAGAGCAUUGUUCUUGAUGCUCGCAUUUUACCCUGCAGGCCUCGAGGUCGAGUGUGGCGAUUUCAAACAGAUCCUACCAGUGUUGAAGAAUUGAAGAUGCGGUUACAGACGGCAGAGAAGGAAGUACACGACAUGGAGAAACAACUCUGUGGUCUGCACGAUGAUAAGUGGAAAAGGCAGAUGGAGUACUUAUUGUGGGAAGUGGAUGCUCUGAAGUUACUCUGUUUGGUACAGGAACUUGAUGUCUCCAACAUUGUCAGAUCGAGCAUGAUUGCUGAACCAUUAAAGAAGGGAUUAUCAUACGAGGAGGAGGAUGGUGACCGGCAGACCGAUGUUCGUCGAACACAGAUGAUGAAGCUCCAGGACGGAAUGUCAAACCAGAAGGACCUUUUCCAACUUUUAAGAACGGCAGUCAUUGAGGAUAAGACCAAGCUAACCCAUCUCCAAGACAGAGUAAUAUCAGCGGCAAAGGCAUCCGAACCUGUAAAGCAGUUCAUUGAAGAAAAGCCAAAGAUGUUCUUUGGCAAGGCUGUGGACUCGUUUAUAAAUAUAGUGAGUGGAUUCCGGAAGAGGGGGAAGCAUCCAGGACAAAAGACAAAACGGUCCAAGAUGGACAACAUUCCCCAUGCAUCUCUGUUGGACUCGGCAAAAGAUAAAACAAUGAAGGACUCGCCAUCCGAAACAUCACCGACGGAAUGGACAUCUGAGACAUCACUGAAGGACUCGCCAUCCGAAACAUCACCGACGGAAUGGACAUCUGAGACAUCACUGAAGGACUCGCCAUCCGAAACAUCACUGACGGUAUGGACAUCUGAGACAUCACUGAAGGACUCGCCAUCCGAAACAUCACUGACGGAAUGGACAUUUGAGACAUCACUGAAGGACUCGCCAUCCGAAACAUCACUGACGGUAUGGACAUCUGAGACAUCACUGAAGGACUCGCCAUCCGAAACAUCACUGACGGAAUGGACAUUUGAGACAUCACUGAAGGACUCGCCAUCCGAAACAUCACUGACAGAAUGGACAUCUGAGACAUCACUGAAGGAUCCGGCUUCUGUUCAUUCGCUGAAGGAUUUGGAGGAAAGUCAGGAGAGUUUUGAUGAUAUAGAAAAGCUUACAGAAGACUUGGAUAUCGUGGAAAAGGAGAAGGACAAAGUAAUGCUGCAGCUGAGUCCUCUAUAUACAGCUGAGUGGCAGAACACAUUAAGCUACGUGGACCGGAACAUGCCACGAUUUGAUACUACUGACUAUGAACGCCAGGACCAUCUGAUGUUCGGAGAUUCUUCUGAGACACCACGUGACUUCCCAGAUACUGACAAUCAACGGAGACAAACACAGAAAAGCCACGUCCUUCAAAUAAGACAGUUUCAACAGGGUCGACUCAGCAGAACACCUUUGUACGCGAUGCUUGAAAAUAUGAUUCCCGACGACAAGGCAGCCAUGACCCAUUAUCAAGACAUUAUUCUCUCUACGAAGCAAGGUGGUUCUGCCUUGCACAAUGUGGGAGAUAUCAGUUCAUGGCUUCCUGUUUUGUGUUCUAAACUACAUCUGGACGCCGCUCGAGCCAACACAGACAGGUGCCACGUAACUACAGACGGUGAGCUGGUCAACUCGCCGCCCGACACAUGGCCUGAUGAUAACAGGCGCAGGCUACGGAAGUAUUGGGGGACCUGUGCCUCCACCCCCAUCCCCCUUCCUCCACCCCACUCCACUCUCACCCCGGUAUACAGCACUCCCAGAUACUGGGAGACACUAACCUGGGUGAGGAUGCUGGGUGGAGAGUGGUGGUUUACUGUCCUGGAGAUGGGGGUGAGUGAGGCAGGACAGGUGGACAGUGAGCGGUGGGCUUCACUACAGCGUCGCUCCUGGUGUGUCCGUGUAGGGAGCUGUAACAGACACGGGGAGAGUCUCUGUACCAGGGUGUGGCGGGAAGGGAAGCAGGGCGAGUGUCAGCAGAACCCCGUGUCCCGCACUCCCGGCACACGGGCCAUCCUCCACUAUGGUGUUGUGCUGGAUGUGGGGAGGGGCAGACUGGCCUUCAUUGAUCUGAACAGGGGCGUUGUUUUAGCCAGGUUUGAUGCGAGGUUUAGGGAAGACCUGUACCCCAUGUUUGGUGUUUGGCCGUUGCCAGAGGGCUACACUAUCAACAUGAAACUGAUCAGCGGGGAAGACAUCGUCAUCACCGACACCAAGAAGUCACUGAUUCACGAUGCGCUGACUUAGGACAUCACGCUGUGUGGAGUUAGCAGUGUAAUUCAAGGUUGUAGAAUCAGCUGUGUCAAUGACGAGAACUGAACUGAGUGAAGCGGACAUAAAAGUGUCCGGUUUGUCUGCUAAUUCAUGUUUACAAAAACUAACGAAGUUUGCUAAAUGUGAUGUUUUGCGGCACGAGAGGGUUGAACUGUGUAUAAAAAGUAUUUAGAAUUAUCACAUGAGUAUCUGUAUGUUGACAGUAUUGCUGUAGUGACUUCCAAUAUGAGACACUGUAUGUUGUUCUGCUGCACGAGAGGGCUCUACAGUGUAUAGAAAGUAUUUAGAAUUAUCACAUGAGUAUCUGUAUAUUGACAGUAUUGCUGUAGUGACUUCCAAUAUGAGACACUGCGUGAUGUUUUGAGAUCUAAUGUGAUUUGAAAAUGAGGGAAGUGCAGUUUUACAAAAGUUGUUUCAAUUAGCAAUUUUUUUUUAUUUCACUUCACUUGUCUUUGUAUUAUAACUGUAUUGAAUCCACACAUAAAUAGUUCUAUAAUCAUAUUAUUUUUGUAGCAACUUACAUAUGACGCUUUGUAAUAGUGAGUCUACAAGACUGACACAAGUUGUUCCAAAUAACAUUCUUCUUUAUUUCACUUCACUAUCCUGUUAUUAUGUCUCCCCCAGAAUGGAGGGAGACAUAUUGUUUUUGGCACGGUUCCCGUCGGCGUCGGCGUUGGCGUCGGCGUUCCCACCGUUUCCGGACCAUAAC